AUGUGUAUUUGUGAGUUCACUGUGGAACAACUCUUCAUUUACCCUGCUCCUUGUCUUUGUUAAUGGUUCUUGGGUUGUUUCUGUUGAAAGGUGGGGGUGGUGGGUGUGAGAGAGACAGACGUGGGCUUGUUUUUCUAGUUGCUUAAUAUAUAUGAAGGCUUAUGGGGAGAGCGUUUCCUUGAUGUACUUAGGAGGGGAGGAGGAACAAAUGCCUGCAAAUCUUACAACUACGGUAGCUGCGUUUUUUGUUUAUUUGUAAGCACAUGCAAUUUUUAAAUCAUUGUGCAAGAUAAAUUGUAAGGUGCUUUUUCUUCUGAAAAUCGAGGCCCGACUCAGAACCAUCUCCUGAGGAAAGCAGCAUUUUCGUGCUGACUUUGGUUUGCUUUUUGAAACACUCGGGAUGGUAAUUUCUACUUUUUAGGACCUUAAAGCUAACUAAAAGUAUCCUAUGUAAAUGAAGUGAAGCCCCUUCUGUCCUUCUGCAUUUGGAGGCACCUUUAUUUCACAUCUCCGAGGAGUAUAUAACGAGUGCAGUCAUUAUGAACGUGACAAGUUUAUUUUCCUUCACAAGUCCAGCUGUGAAGAGACUUCUUGGGUGGAAGCAGGGUGAUGAAGAAGAAAAAUGGGCAGAGAAAGCUGUUGAUGCUUUGGUGAAAAAACUGAAGAAAAAGAAAGGUGCCAUGGAGGAACUGGAAAAGGCCUUGAGCUGCCCGGGUCAGCCAAGUAACUGUGUCACCAUUCCACGCUCUCUGGAUGGCAGGCUGCAAGUGUCCCACCGGAAGGGACUGCCACAUGUCAUUUACUGCCGUGUGUGGCGCUGGCCUGACCUUCAGAGCCACCAUGAACUUAAACCACUCGAAUGCUGUGAGUUUCCUUUUGGUUCCAAGCAGAAGGAAGUCUGCAUCAAUCCCUACCACUAUAAGAGAGUAGAAAGUCCUGUUCUUCCUCCAGUGCUGGUUCCAAGACACAGUGAAUAUAAUCCUCAGCACAGCCUUUUAGCUCAGUUCCGUAACUUAGGACAAAAUGAGCCUCACAUGCCACUCAAUGCCACUUUUCCAGAUUCUUUCCAGCAACCCAACAGCCAUCCAUUUCCUCAUUCACCCAACAGCAGUUACCCAAACUCUCCUGGAAGCAGCAGUAGCACCUACCCUCACUCUCCUACCAGCUCAGACCCAGGAAGCCCUUUUCAGAUGCCAGCUGAUACACCCCCACCUGCAUACCUGCCUCCUGAAGACCCCAUGACCCAAGAUGGCUCACAGCCAAUGGACACCAAUAUGAUGGCACCUUCACUGCCCUCAGAGAUUAACAGAGGAGAUGUUCAGGCAGUUGCUUAUGAGGAACCAAAACACUGGUGCUCAAUUGUGUACUAUGAGCUCAACAAUCGUGUGGGUGAAGCGUUCCAUGCCUCCUCCACAAGUGUGUUGGUGGAUGGUUUCACUGAUCCUUCCAACAACAAGAACCGUUUCUGUCUUGGGCUGCUAUCCAAUGUUAACCGGAAUUCCACUAUUGAAAACACUAGGCGGCAUAUUGGAAAAGGCGUUCAUCUUUAUUAUGUUGGAGGGGAGGUAUAUGCCGAAUGCCUCAGUGAUAGUAGCAUCUUUGUGCAAAGCCGAAACUGCAACUACCAUCAUGGAUUUCAUCCCACUACUGUUUGCAAGAUCCCUAGUGGGUGUAGUUUGAAAAUUUUCAACAACCAAGAAUUUGCUCAGUUACUGGCACAGUCCGUAAACCAUGGUUUUGAGACUGUCUAUGAGCUCACAAAAAUGUGUACUAUCCGCAUGAGCUUUGUGAAGGGCUGGGGAGCAGAAUACCACCGCCAGGAUGUUACUAGCACCCCCUGCUGGAUCGAGAUACAUCUGCACGGCCCUCUACAGUGGCUGGAUAAAGUUCUUACUCAGAUGGGUUCGCCUCAUAAUCCCAUUUCAUCUGUGUCUUAAAUGGCUUCAGGCUUCUGCCUCCUGAAAACUCUUGAGCCUUGCAUGUACUUGAAGGAUGGAUGAGUCAGACACCAUUAAGAACUGACAAAGGAGCCUUGAUAAUACUUGACCUCAUGACCAACUGUUGGAUUUUGAAAUUUUAA